UGACUGCUCCUUAAAACAUGUUUAUCCUCUCUCAUUUAUUAUAUUAAUCUUUGUUAUUCCCCGCCCCCCCUGCUCUCUCUCUCUCUCUCUACGCACAAAAGUAAAUUACACUCAAGACAGGAAUAGAAGAAGAGGAAUUAGCUUAAUUAAAACCAACUUAGUUGCUAGUGAAAGAAAAUCAAGAAAUGGGAAGAGCUCCUUGCUGUGACAAAAACAACGUGAAGAGAGGGCCAUGGUCACCUGAAGAAGAUGCUAAGUUGAAGUCAUAUAUUGAGCAGAAUGGGACAGGUGGCAACUGGAUUGCUUUGCCUCCAAAAAUUGGGCUUAAUAGAUGUGGAAAGAGCUGUAGGCUUAGAUGGUUAAAUUAUCUGCGUCCAAAUAUUAAGCAUGGAGGGUUCUCAGAAGAAGAAGAUAGAAUCAUUUGCAGCCUCUACAUAAGUAUUGGAAGCAGGUGGUCGAUAAUUGCAGCACAACUCCCGGGAAGAACCGAUAAUGAUAUCAAGAAUUACUGGAACACUAGGCUGAAGAAGAAGCUAUUUGGAAAACAGCGCCAAAAGCAAGGAUCAAGAAAAGGAAAAGAAAUCAACUCCAAUAUGGUAAUUUCCAAUAACAAUAACAACAACCAAUUUCCAUGUUGGCCUGAGAUUCCCAUCUUGCAGCCAAUACCAUAUUCAAACGAUGAACCAAGAUUUAAUGAUCAUUCUUCCAUAAAAAAACUGUUGAUAAAACUUGGAGGUAAAUUUUCAGACGAAGAUCAAACGAUAAAUGAAGCAACAAAUCCUCAAUAUCCUAUGGAUAAUUCAUUAUUGAUGCAGUCGAUAUAUCAGAACAGUCCUAUCAAUUUGAUCUCUUCUGCGCCAAUAGAUAAUGUCUUGGCAAAUGCUCAAUACAAUAUGGAUAGGGCAGCUAGCAGUUUUACAGCUGAGCUUGAGCAUAUGAUUCUAAAUAAUCAACAAAAAUUAGAUGGUCUCGAAAUAUUAUAUGAUCAGGAUAUGCUUAUUGAUAUAUCUGCUUCUACUUCUGGAGGAAAUUUGGACUGGGAAGCGAUGAAUCCUUUUGUUCUUCCUCUUCCUCCUAUUGUUGAUAAAGGUUUUCAACAAGGCGUUAUAAUCCAAAAGAGUGCAUUUGAUGAGCUGAGAUACCCUAUGGCACAAUGAUAUUUACAUAUGGUAUAUUUUUAUUUGAUAUUGUAAUUUAUAUGUAGUUAUGGAAGAAGGGCAGAUGAUUUAUUUUCGUCGGAGAACCCUAAUAAACUUGUUUAUUACUACAUCUUUGCAUCUCUCUGAUUUUGUUUUUGAGGACUAAUAAUAGCCACUGGCAUGUCCAACUUUUUGAUUAUCUUUUAUAUUCAACUUUAUUGU